GCCUUUUUUAACCUUCUAAAAAUAGUAAAAAUUAAAAAAAAAAAAUGAAAUGGAGACAGAGAGUGUGGAUCUAAGUGUCGGUUCUUGUCUCUUUCUCCAUCUCGCUUUCAUUAGUGUCGGUGUUUAUGUGAGUGAGUGACUGUUAAGCUUUCACUAUUUGGUUGGCUUAAAAAAUCCAAAUGAUGUUACAUUUCUCCUAUACUCCUAGACUUUAGUAAAAGUUCGUUUCUUUUUUAGUGGGUUUCGUCCUGCAAAUUUGCUGGAUUAAUGUGGUCUUGAGAAUUUUAGACUUGUUGGAGUGGGUUUAAGCUUUGGAUUCAAGAAGAAUUGAUUUUGACUGGAGAACAGGGCAAUGGAUCUGGAAGGAGAUGCGGGAGGGCCUAAAAAUGCAAAACAAAAUGCUAUCCAGGUCUGCCAAAUUUGCAGUGAUGAUAUUGGCCUGACUGUAGAUGGAGAGCCCUUUGUUGCUUGCCAUGUUUGUGCAUUUCCUGUUUGCCGGCCAUGUUAUGAGUAUGAGAGGAAAGAUGGUAAUCAGUCUUGUCCGCAAUGCAAAACCAAAUACAAGAGGCAUAAAGGUAGCCCUCCAAUCCGCGGAGAGGAAGUGGAUGAUGCUGAUUUUAGUGAUGUAGAAAAUAAGUCAACUCAUCAUGGAUCGGGGAUUCAAGAUGAGAAAAGUAAGAUAGAGCACAUGCUCGGCUGGGAUUCAGGCUCUGGUCGGAAAGAUUAUGUUCCACCCACUAAUUAUGAUAAAGAUGUUUCUCUUAAUCAUAUUCCUUAUUUGGCUGGUAGACGCUCGGUUUCUGGGGACUUGUCAGCUGCAUCUCCCGAGCGUUAUUCCAUGGCUUCUCCUGAAAGUGGCAGCAGAGGUAAGGGAAAAUUCUUUUCAGUUAUUUUAGACAUUCUUAUGUUGAUUAUUUCUGUAUAUUUUCUUCAAAUUUUUAUGUUAUUACUGGGCUUGUUUGCAGUUAAUAUCAGAGUUGGAGAUCCAGCAAGGGAGUCUGGAUCUUCAGGUUUUGGUAAUGUUGCAUGGAAAGAGAGGAUUGAUGGUUGGAAGGUGAAGCCAGAGAAGACCCCUGCUCCAAUGAGUGUAAGUAAUGCACCAUCAGAAGGCAGGGGAGUUGCAGAUUAUGAUGCCAGCACAGAUGUGCUUAUGGAUGAUUCUUUAUUGAAUGAUGAGACCCGCCAGCCUCUCUCAAGGAAGGUUUCUCUUCCUUCCUCCAGGAUUAACCCUUACAGAAUGGUUAUUGUUUUGCGGCUUAUUAUUCUUUGCAUAUUUUUGCACUACCGAAUAACAAACCCGGUGAGGAAUGCAUAUGCAUUGUGGUUAAUAUCUGUUAUCUGUGAGAUAUGGUUUGCAAUAUCAUGGAUAUUGGAUCAGUUCCCUAAAUGGCUUCCUGUGAACCGGGAGACAUAUCUUGACAGGCUAGCUCUCAGAUAUGAGAAAGAAGGGGAGCCAUCUCAGUUGGCUUCUGUUGACAUUUUUGUCAGUACAGUGGACCCUUUAAAGGAACCUCCACUUGUCACAGCCAAUACAGUCCUAUCUAUUCUUGCAGUUGACUACCCAGUGGACAAAGUUUCUUGUUAUGUUUCUGAUGAUGGAGCUGCUAUGUUGACAUUUGAAGCCCUAGCUGAAACAUCUGAAUUUGCUAGAAAAUGGGUUCCAUUCUGUAAGAAAUACAGCAUUGAACCACGAGCUCCAGAAUGGUACUUUGCACAAAAGAUUGACUACUUAAAAGAUAAGGUUCAUCCAUCAUUUGUUAAAGACCGCAGAUCUAUGAAGAGAGAAUAUGAAGAAUUUAAAGUUCGUAUCAAUGGGCUUGUGGCAAAGGCACAGAAGGUUCCUGAUGAAGGAUGGGUUAUGCAAGAUGGUACACCUUGGCCUGGUAAUAACACCAGAGAUCAUCCGGGAAUGAUCCAGGUUUUCUUGGGCCAUAGUGGAGGAUUUGACAGUGAGGGUAAUGAACUUCCACGACUAGUCUAUGUAUCUCGUGAAAAGCGUCCCGGUUUCCAGCAUCACAAGAAGGCUGGUGCCAUGAAUGCACUUGUGCGUGUUUCAGCAGUUCUUACAAAUGGCCCCUUCUUAUUAAAUCUUGAUUGUGACCAUUACAUAAACAACAGCAAGGCAUUGAGAGAAGCUAUGUGUUUCCUAAUGGAUCCUAAUCUUGGGAGAUCAGUUUGUUAUGUCCAGUUUCCCCAGAGAUUUGAUGGUAUCGACAGAAAUGAUCGAUAUGCCAACCGCAACACAGUUUUCUUUGAUAUAAAUUUAAGAGGAUUGGAUGGCAUCCAAGGCCCUGUGUACGUGGGUACAGGUUGUGUUUUCAAUAGAACAGCCUUGUAUGGCUAUGAACCUCCUCUCAAGCCUAAGCACAAGAAACCAGGAUUCUUGUCUUCAUGCUUUGGCGAUUCACGAAAGAAGAGUUCUAAAACAAGCAAAAAGAACUCUAGUAAGAAAAAAUCAAGCAAGCACGUCGACCCUACUUUGCCAGUGUUCAACUUGGAAGAUAUAGAAGAAGGGGUUGAAGGUGCUGGAUUUGAUGAUGAGAAGUCAUUACUUAUGUCACAAAUGACACUUGAGAAAAGGUUUGGUCAAUCGACUGUGUUUGUAGCUUCAACACUUAUGGAGAAUGGUGGUGUUCCUGAGUCUGCCACUCCAGAGUCUCUACUCAAAGAAGCUAUUCAUGUCAUUAGCUGUGGAUACGAGGACAAGACAGACUGGGGAAGCGAAAUAGGAUGGAUAUAUGGUUCUGUUACAGAAGAUAUCCUCACAGGAUUUAAGAUGCAUGCUCGCGGUUGGAGAUCAAUCUAUUGCAUGCCACACCGCCCUGCCUUUAAAGGUUCUGCUCCUAUUAACCUCUCUGAUCGUCUGAACCAAGUGCUUCGAUGGGCUUUAGGUUCAGUUGAAAUUCUUUUUAGCCGCCACUGCCCCAUAUGGUAUGGCUAUGGUGGAAGGCUAAAAUGGCUUGAGAGAUUUGCUUAUGUCAAUACCACUAUUUAUCCUGUCACGGCCAUUCCUCUUCUUGCCUACUGUACAUUGCCAGCUGUCUGUCUUCUUACCGGAAAGUUCAUUAUUCCACAGAUCAGUAACAUUGCUAGUAUCUGGUUCAUAUCACUCUUUCUUUCCAUUUUUGCUACCGGUAUUUUGGAAAUGAGAUGGAGUGGAGUUGGAAUUGACGAAUGGUGGAGAAAUGAACAGUUUUGGGUUAUUGGAGGAGUGUCAGCUCACUUAUUUGCCGUUUUCCAAGGCUUGCUUAAAGUUCUUGCUGGAAUAGACACCAAUUUUACUGUCACUUCCAAAGCAUCAGAUGAAGAUGGAGAUUUUGCCGAGCUUUAUAUGUUCAAAUGGACUACUUUACUUAUCCCACCAACUACCCUUCUUAUAAUUAACCUGGUUGGUGUAGUUGCUGGGAUUUCUUAUGCCAUUAACAGUGGAUAUCAAUCUUGGGGUCCUCUCUUUGGCAAGCUAUUUUUCGCUUUCUGGGUGAUUAUUCAUUUGUAUCCUUUCCUAAAAGGUUUGAUGGGACGGCAGAAUCGGACACCUACAAUUGUUGUUGUAUGGUCAAUUCUUCUUGCUUCUAUCUUCUCCUUACUUUGGGUUCGCAUUGACCCUUUCACAACACGAGUGACUGGCCCGGACGUCCAGCAGUGUGGAAUCAACUGCUAGAGGAAAAUGCUGGUGCAAAACAUAAUAACGUCAUAACACGCGGAAAUAAGAAGAAUUCCGGAUCUUUAUUCUGAUAUUCUGAGUUGGGAGAAUUUUUGAAGGCAUAUGGUUUUAACUUUGUGUAAUGCAAGUCUGGUUUAUUAACUGUUCCGAGAAUUAUAGGUGAAUUACCUCCUCCUUAUAUUUAAGCUAAUUUUUCAUUUUUUCAUUUUCUUAUUUUUAGUUUGAUUUUUCGGCUUUUUUACCAAGUUGAAUAUAGUUUGUUUAGUCAGCUUAUUUUUUAAUUUAUCAAAGUGAAUGUUUGUUGAUGAUGCUCUUCAAUUUCUUGUAUUUAUAAUGUAAGCAAUAAAGAAUCUAUUUCUUAAA